AUGAAGCGAACGACCAUUGCAAGGCUGUUUCACCAGCUCCUGAGCACCAUCUCGAACUGGAUCGAGCGUUACGAGAGCACAUCAAGCUACGACCGCAAGAAGACAGCUGCCAUUGCUCGUUUCAGCGACGAGCAGAAGCGAUGGAUUGUUGAGUUCUACUGCGUCAACCCGAAUAUAUUUCUCGACAAGUGCAAGAAAGAGUUUGAAAUCGACUGGCCGCACCACAAUGUGCAGUUUCUCGACGGCGUCAGCUUUGACUACAGGGGCAUGCUCCGGAAACGCGGGUAUGCCAUGAAGGGCUAA